AGCCGCGGCCCAUGAUGGCGGCGGGGCCGUGGGCGCUGGUGCUGCUGGCGCUGGCGCUGGGCCCCGGUUCCGGUCCCGGUCCCGGUUCCGGUUCCGGUGUCCUCGGGUACUUCCCCGAGGAGCGCUCGACGCCGGAGUCGCCGCUGCUGCCGCCGCGGGUCACGGUGGCGCUGCUGGCCCGGAACGCGGCGCAUGCGCUGCCGGUCACGCUCGGAGCCCUGGAGCGGCUGCGGCAUCCCAAGGAGCGGACGGCGCUGUGGGUGGCCACGGACCACAGCGUGGACAACACCACAGCGCUGCUGCGGGAGUGGCUGCUGCGCAUGCGCGGCCUCUACCACCGCGUGGAGUGGAGGCCCCUGGAGGAGCCGACCUCCUACCCCGAUGAGGAGGGCCCCAAGCACUGGUCCCCGCUGCGCUAUGAGCACGUCAUGAGGCUGCGUCAGGCGGCGCUGGAGGCUGCGCGUGCGGCAUGGUCCGAUUACCUGCUGUUCCUGGAUGCUGACAACGUCCUCACCAACCCCGACACCCUGGGGCUGCUGAUGGCCGAGAACAAGACACUGGUGGCACCGAUGCUGGACUCACGGGCAGCUUAUUCCAACUUCUGGUGCGGGAUGACGGCGCAGGGUUAUUACCGCCGCACCCCCCUGUACCUGCCGGUGCGGCGCCGGGAGCGCCGCGGCUGCUUCGCGGUGCCCAUGGUGCACUCCACCUUCCUGCUGGACCUGCGCCGCGCCAAGGCCGCCGCGCUCUCCUUCUACCCACCCGGGCCCGACUACACCUGGGCCCUGGACGACAUCAUUGCCUUUGCCCAUGCCUGUCGGCGCGCCGAGGUGCAGAUGUUCGUCUGUAACCAGGAGGUUUAUGGGUUCCUGCCGGUUCCGCUGCGUUCCCACAGCUCCCUCCAGGAUGAGGCCGAGAGCUUCCAGCACCUCCUGCUCGAGAUCAUGGUGAAGAACCCCCCUGCAGAGCCCUCCCCCCACGUCUGGGUCCCCCCCAAGGUCCCGGACAAGAUGGGAUUCGAUGAGGUUUUCCUCAUCAACCUGCGGCGCCGGAGCGAGCGCCGGGCGCGGAUGCUGCGGACCCUAUGGGAGCAGGAGAUCUCCUGCAAGCUGGUGGAGGCCGUGGAUGGGAAGCGGAAGCGUUGCAGGGCCAUGAACAGCAGCGAGGUGGAGGCGCUGGGCAUCCGGAUGCUGCCGGGAUACAGGGAUCCCUACCACGGGCGCCCGCUCACCAAGGGGGAGCUGGGAUGUUUCCUGAGCCACUACCGGGUCUGGCAGGAGAUCCUGGCUCGAGGCCUCGGGAAGUCUGUGGUGUUCGAGGACGAUCUCCGCUUCGAGAUCUUCUUCAAGCGCCGCCUCAUGACCCUGAUGCAGGAGCUGGAAGCCGAAGGGAUCCCUUGGGAUCUGAUUUACAUCGGGAGGAAGCGGAUGCAGGUGGAGCGGCCAGAGAAGGCAGUUCCGGGCGUCAGGAAUCUGGUGGAAGCAGAUUAUUCCUAUUGGACACUGGGAUAUGUCCUAUCCCUGCGCGGAGCUCGGAAGCUGCUGGCUGCGGAGCCGCUUGCCAAGAUGCUGCCGGUGGAUGAGUUCCUGCCCAUCAUGUUCAAUAAGCACCCGCUCCCCGAGUACAGGCAGCACUUCCCCCAUCGGGACCUGGUGGCCUUCUCGGCGGAGCCGCUCCUGGUAUUCCCGACCCAUUACACGGGAGACGCCGGAUACGUGAGCGACACGGAGACCUCAGCGCUCUGGGAUGCGGACGGAGCUCCCGCAUCCCGGGAAGGCUCUUCCCACUCGCCCAAGAUGCGGGAGCCGCCGGAGCUGCGUCGGGAAGCGCGGAAUUCCCAGGCGCUGCACUCGCGGCUCAGCCGGGACGAGCUCUGAUGGGGGGGGCUUUAAACACGGGUUUAUUUGUAUGGA